AUGCCCACUGCCUGGCAGGGGCGAGGAGGCCUGGGCCUCGGCUUUGGGAACCUGCGCUGUGGGGUGGCCAAGCAGGUGGGUGGGGAGGGGCGCCUCCUACCCUCCCCUGGACAGAAGGGCACGGCGGCCCUGGCGUGGCCGGCACGGUGUCAUCUGCAGACAGAGCGCCUGUCCGCGGAGCAGAUCAAGGAGUACAAGGGGGUCUUCGAGAUGUUUGACGAGGAAGGCAACGGGGAGGUGAAGACGGGGGAGCUGGAGCACCUCAUGAGCCUGCUGGGCAUAAACCCCACCAAGAGCGAGCUGGCCUCCAUGGUCAAGGACGUGGACAGAGAUAACGAAGGGCUCUUCAACUGCUACGGCUUCCUGGCCCUGAUGGGGAUUUACCACGAGAAGGCGCAGAACCAGGAGGGCGAGCUGCGGGCGGCCUUCCGUGUCUUCCACAAGGAGGGCAAGGGCUACAUCGACUGGAACACGCUCAAGUAUGUGCUCAUGAAGCAGAUGAUGAAGGAGGCCGACCGACGAGGACGGGACGGCACCAUUGACUACGAGGAGUUCGUGGCCAUGAUGACCGGAGAGUCCUUCAAGCUGGUCCAGUAG